CCAGCAGCAGCAUGCUGCACACAAAACAGCACUACAAGCUAAUGUGAUGCUAGCGCUUCACCGCUGAAGUGAAGUUUUUGUGGACUACAAACAAACAUUACCAAGCCAUUUCUUGGAGGCUUGCAACGGGAUCAGUCGGCGCAGAAAACUCCGGAAAUUCCACCUGAAUAGUUUUGCUCUUAACGGGAGGCAAGGCUCCUCUGCCCUCCUGUUCCCAUCCUUGCUGUGCCAGAGCCCUCCUGUGCCUGUGGGGAGAAGGAGAACGAGAAGAGCAAACAUGAAUGAAGACAUGGUGGAACUGCCCAUGAGCCAGGGCAGUUUUGGCGAUUUCUGGACCAACGAAUUGGCAAAUGUGGACCACAGCAUAAUCAAUGAAUUGCCGAUGGUUUUCUCAUUUCCUGGAUUGACUGAUCUGGGGCCGGAAAGCAUGGAAGAGCUGGAGCAGUUGGCCGCCUUGCGGGACGAGGCGUUGCCCACCCCUGUGCCUGUGCCCGCGCCCUCCAUCUCCCCUGGCAUGGACUGCCUGCCCCCCACGGCCACCACUGUGCCCUCCACCUCCGACUACCCUGGUGACCUGGGCUUCCGCGUGCGCUUUACCCAGUUCAGCACUGCCAAGUCCGCUACCUCCACUUUCUCCCAGAAGCUGGACAAGCUCUUCUGCCAGCUGGCCAAGACAUGCCCGGUGGAGAUGCUGGUUGACUCAGAGCCGCCCGCCGGUGCCAUCCUGAGGGCCACCGCUAUCUACAAAAAGUCCGACCACGUGGCCGACGUGGUGCUGCGCUGUCCACACCACCAGAACAUCGCCGAAAACAACGAGGGUGUGGCCCAUCGCAGUCACCUGAUCCGCAUGGAAGGCACCCAGAGGGCCCUGUACCUGGAGGACCCCACCACCAAGCGCCAGAGUGUCGUCGUCCCCUACGAGUGUCCCCAGCUGGGCUCGGAGGCCACCACCAUUCUCCUCAGCUACAUGUGCAACAGCAGCUGCAUGGGCGGCAUGAACCGCAGACCCAUCCUCACCAUCCUCACCCUGGAGACUCAGGAGGGUCAGGUGCUGGGGCGACGCUGCUUUGAGGUGCGCGUGUGUGCCUGCCCGGGCCGCGACCGCAAAACCGAGGAGGAAAACCUCACCAAGAAAAACGGGCAGAAGGUUCCCAGCGCAGGGACCAAGAGAAAGCUGCAGGGCCCUGAGGUGGACAGCCAGGUCCAGGGGCUGGGACAGGGACAGGGACAGGGGCCGCUGCUGGGCCUGCCUGCACCCAAACCUGGCACCAGCAAGAGGCCCAAGGUCGACGCCACCUCCGACGACGAGGUGUUCUACCUUGAGGUCCGGGGACGCAAAAGAUUUGAGAUGCUGAAAAACAUCCUGGACAGCCUUGAGCUGAGGGACGUGAUCCCGACCGCGGACCAGGAGAAGUACAAGCAGAAAGCCGCAUCCAAGGCCAGGUCCGGGGGGGAGGCGGGACAGGACCCCAGGAGCGGCAAACGGCUGCUGAUGAAGGAGGAGACUCGGAGUGAUUCCGACUGAGGAGACCACGCCUCCAUCUCUUCAGGGACCCUCCUCUCUUCUUCCCUUUUUCUCCCUUCAUCACCCCUCUCUCUCUCUCUCUCUCUCUCUCUCUCUCUCUCUCUCUCUCUCUCUCUCUCUCUCUCUCUCUCUCUCUCUCUCUCUCUCUCUCUCUCACACUCACACUCACACUCACACUCACACUCACACUCACACUCACACACACACACACACGCAUACAUACACACACUGUGUUAUCACACUGAGGCAUACUGUACACACUUUUACUUUCCCCCAUUUGUACACACACAUUCUUUGUACUGCCACCUUCGUACUGUCCUGCCCAGAAAUGCUCUACAUAACCCAUAACCCUAUUUGGUGCUACUGGUCUCCUCUCCCCAUCAAAAAUGUAUUCAUAGAAUCCAUAGCACUUGUAGCAGCAAUGACCACAAUUUUUUAUUUUUUUAUUAUUUUUUUUUACCUUUUUUUGAACCGUCAUUAUGAUUGGACAGAAUAGAGUUGGACUGCAAAAUGAUUGGGAGAGAAAAAUCACCAGACCAUUAUGAGUUUUCCUUUUUUCUUUUUUUUUCUUUUUUAUAAAAUAGUUAAUAGAAAGUGUAUUUUUUGAAUGUAUUGUCAUGUGUAUUGGAAGGUUCCAGGUUAUGUUUUCUGACUUUUGAAUUGUCAUUUGUUUCUCUUUGCACGUAUCUUGUUUGUUUUUUAAGAAAAAGAAUAAACAUUCCCUUUGAAAUA